AUGGGUAAAGAUUUUUAUGAUGUGUUGGGUAUAACGCGUACGGCAACCGAUGAUGAAAUAAAACGUGCUUAUAAACAAAAAGCGUUGAAAUGUCACCCAGAUAAAAAUUGGGAGCCAGAUGCUGAAAAAAAGUUUAUGGACAUUUCCGAAGCAUACGAAAUUCUAAGUGACAUAAAUAAACGUUCAAUCUAUGAUCGUUAUGGAAAUGAAGGUUUAAAAGAUUAUACAUUAUGGAAUACAUUUGAUUCACGUACAACGUAUAAAAAUUUGUUUCCAAAUGGGGACACAGGAACACCGCAUCCCAAUGGAGAUGAUUAUUAUGACGGAAAUUAUUGUAUUAAAUACAAAGAUCCGACAACAUUUUAUGAUUUAUAUGUUACAUUAGAAGAAGUGAAUAAUGGAGCAAUGAGAAAAAUGAAAAUAACACGCAAACGAUAUAAUCAAGAAUUAAAAACAGUUGUUAAAGAUGAAAAAGUUCUUGAAAUACAAGUUAAACCUGGUUGGAAAGAAGGUACAAAGAUCACGUUCGAAGGUGAAGGGGACGAAGGAGAUGCUCGUACGUUAGCGGGUGAUAUCGUGUUCAUAAUUCGAGAUAAAGUGCAUCCAACAUUCGAACGUUCGAAUUCCGAUUUAAUUUAUCGCGCUAAAGUAACAAUAAAACAAGCGUUAUUAGGAACAGUAAUACAAAUACCAUUUUUAAACGCACAAAAAAAAUCAUAUCCAUUAAAAAUGCAAGAAAUCAUUACACCACAAACAGAAAAACAUUUUCUAAAUGAAGGAUUACCAUAUCCAAAAGACUCAACUAAACGUGGAUUAUUAAUUGUCAAAUUUGACAUUAUUUUUCCCAAACUAUUGAGUGAUGAACAAAAAACCCUUCUUGACUAUUGUUUUCCAAAUUCAAUUGAUUUUUAUCAAACAAGUGUAACUGACAUAACAACGAUCGAUGAACAACAACGACAACAGCAACAACAACAGCAGCAACAACAACAGCAACAACAACAACAACAACAGCAACAACAACGACAACAGGAGCAAAAAAAACAACAGCAACAAGAACAACAACAGCAGCAACAAGAACAACAACAAGAGCAACAGCAACAACAACAGCAGCAGCAAGAGCAACAGAACAACAAUCAUCAUCGAUUUAACCACUAUAAUGCUCAGCAUACACCACCGACACAAAGAAGUCAAAAGUCUCAGAAUAAACAUCAUUACCAAACGAAUGGCACUGCAUCACCUUCUACAUGUCCUACAAUUAAUGUGAAUGAAACAAUAGAACAACAACAAAAAUCGCCACCCAAUCGUUCAGAUCAAGUGAAACCAUCAACAAACCAUUCAUCAAUUUCUCCUAGUCAUAGUGUUAUGCCACCCUCACCAACUAUUUCUUCAAAGCUAAUGACUGUUACAAACGGAAUAAAACAAUCAUCGAUCAUCAAUGAAGUGUCCUUCUGA